GCGAGGGCCAGAGAAGACACAGGCCGCAGGGGGUCUCCGGCCGCAGGAGGAAGAAAUCCCCAAUUCCCCACCCCGUCCCCAAACCCUAGCCGCCUCCUGUGGUUUCCGCCUAAGCUCUCGAGGGAGAGAAUCUAGGUCCCCUCCUAUGGCGCUUCGCAGCCUGGCGAAGGGGACGUGGGGCCCUGCGGCUUGUGCCCUCCGCUGCCGUUCGGGCGCCGGUAUGCCGGCGGCAGCGCCCUCACGGUUUCUUGCCUCGGUCCGCAAUCAGGUCAAAAAGCACAACAAUGGAACUCGAAAGGAAACUUCAGACGAAAAGGCCCUUAUAAUGAAGGAACUGGACAAAGUUUUUGAGGCUCUUAGGCAGCGCGACAAGGAUAUGGAAAAACUUCAAGGCGAGGUCAAGAGGGUUGUCAAGAUUUUUGCCGUUUCAUUUGUUGGCUUAUCUUCGUACUCAUUGUUUUGGAGAUGGAAGGACGGAGAGUUUACACAACCUGCUGUACAGGGCACUUCCCAUGAAUAACCUAUAUUGCCCUUAGCAAUCGUUGUGACAUACCCCAUGAUGUUGCGUGAUAUCUUGUAUCAGUCAGCUGUGCUUUUGUGCCCUGGGUAAUGUUAGAUCAGUGCAAUUAUAUAUUGUCGCUGUCAUUUGCAAAGCUUGCAGUUCAUCCUGUAUUUCCAUGGCUGGAGCAGAUUUGGAUGGAUUGUUCAACUCAUGUAGUACAAUUAUAUGAUGCUCAGCUAGUUUUUCGGUGUAGUUACUUUUCUA